AUGCCUUUGCGGGCUGCGACACUACUAGCUGCUUUUUUUGGGAAAGCGAAGAUGAAGCUGGUGAAGUUGCUGCUGCAGAACGACAGCAUUAGAGCGCUGGCGCUGAAGUUUUACGAGCCGGACUGCUUGGAAGACGAAUUGCUGCAAUGUGCAGAGACGAUUACUCUCGCACUAUACAAAGACAAAGAACAGUCAUCUUCUCUCGGGACUUUCAGAUACAAUUUGUUUUCUACAAACUUAGCAAAGGCAAAAAAGGAAACGCCCCUAGAAUGUCUUCCACCAACAUCUCCUGCCUUGCUUCAGCACUGUAAACGAGUGUACUAUAAAAUCCAGGUGUGGCUUCAGCAUAGAUUAGAUCCCUGCUUGUGGGGAUGGACAAGACAGGGUAAUAUUCUCAUUCCGAUCAUGUCUGAAGCAGAUCCCGCACCAAAAGACCUGUUACAAGAGGUAUGUGUGAAAUGUAUUCAAUUUGAAGCAAUAAAUACAACUUGCUACAACUAA